AUGAGUGCCCAACAGCUGGACGCGGCCACCCAGGCCAAACUACAACUCAUGCAGGAGAUGGAAGUGGAGAUGAUGUCGGAUCUGUACAGCCGGAUGACCACGGCCUGCCACAAGAAGUGCAUCCCGCCAAAGUACUCGGACGCGGAGCUGGGCAAGGGCGAAUCCGUCUGCCUGGACCGGUGCGUGGCCAAGUAUCUGGAGAUUCACGAGCGGAUAGGCAAGAAGCUGACGGCCAUGUCCGCCCAGGAUGAUGACCUCAAGAAGAAGAUGGGCGCCUAAGGGAGGCACGGAGGAAGGAACUGCAACUAGUGCAGAUAGUUUGGUUUGAAUUAGAUUUUUUUUCUUGUUCUAUCCUUGCGGAUGUUGUUGGUCGGAACAGUUGGAAUGUUGUAAGCGAAACCCUAAAAAAAUGGUGUAACUUGAGCUAAGCGUGGCAUAAGUUUUAUUAUGUAUGCACCGUGACAAGUGACACUGAGUGAGUUUUGCCAAGUGAGGAAAUAUAAUUAAAGCUAUGAAAACAAAA